GACAUAGGAUUGCGAUCUUUAUCAGCCCUGCCAGAGUAGAGGAACCUUGUCCUCGAUUCUUUCCUGUUGUACUGUUAUUUUCUUUCCUUUUUCUUGUUUUAUUUCUGUGCUCUCCGCUGCUAGUCUCUUUUAGGUGGGUUUCCUUCUGUAUUUUUGAUUCCCUCUUUGCUGUCCUUGAUUUUUGUUUCCUUGUGUGUUUUUGUUUCCCGCUGUUAGUGUCGAUUUGAUUUUUCCUGCCUUUUCAUCUUCUGCUUCUUUCCUUUUCUUAUUGCUUAGUCGAGUCUUUUUAAGGUUCUUCCUGCCGAGUUCUUACUCAUCCAACCCUUUCUCUCGUUUGUCCCUCUCCUCUCCAAGCAUCAUGGCUUAUGCAUUUGCUCUUACUUUCUCUGGCACUCUCUUCCAUGAGCCAAUUCCCAUCAAUUUUCACCGCCAUUCCCAGUCCUUUGCCUCUCGCCAAAUUUCUCCAUCUCGGGACAUUCCCUUACCUGAUUUCAUUGCUCUUGGACUUGAUUACCGCCACCUGGUCAACAACCUUGGCUGGGGAUCGUUACUUGAUGAUGCACCCACGUUGGUGUGUCCCGCUGCAGUCCGGUUAUUUUACUCAAACCUGCGCCACUUCGGUCUCCACUCUCGUACUCUGACUUCCCUCAUGGCUGGACACCUUAUGAUGCUCCCGGCUGCUGACAUCGGUAAUCUUCUCCACUUUCCUGUUAUCGGAGAAAAUUUGGCUGCUGUUUCUGAAUUCGGACUGUUCAACUUCAACCUCGCCGAGGAAGCUGAACGUCUCUCAGGGUUCCUUCCAGGCCCUGAUGGUACAAUUCCCUCCUUGGUCUUGCUUCCCACUCUGCAAGUCUUUCACUACUUUCUCUCCCGAGUAUUCUUACCUCGCUCAACCCAGCUUGAUCGGAUUACUCCUCUGGAUGUUUGGAUUAUGAAUCAUGCGAUUGCAGCUGUUCCUCUUGACUAUUCUCAACUAUUUUUCGGCGCCCUCAUUCCGUUUGUCGAUCAUAGCUUUCUGGCCCCGCUACCCUUUGCGGCUCGCAUCACCGAGCUUUUAUUGGCUUUGCCCAUCUCCCUUUCCUGGUUCCGUACUGAGUCUCCCACACUGUGGCUCACUGCUGAUGACGUACUUGAUGAGCUGGAGAUUGCGAUUGGGGGGGGAGGAGCCUCUUGUCAACGUGAUCUGGAUAUCCGACGACUCUGAUUCAGACUCUUCUUCGGGUAACGAUGCUGGUGAAGCGAUACUGGAGCCGUUUGCAGCUGCACUUCAAGCGCUCUAUGGAUCCGAUUCUGAGGAAGAUCCCGACUCCGAGGAAGACCUAUUUUAGUUCUGUGUGUUUGCUUCUCAGGGGGAGAUUGGUUUAGUUGAGAGUUGUUGCUGUGAACUCGUCAUGUGUUGGUUGAAUUUGGUUUGUUUUGAGAAUUGUUGCCGAGAACUGUUCUGUUUGGGUUGGAUUUUUGCUCAGAGAGUGUUGUUCUGUGAUCUGUUUUGAUCUGUGAAUCUUGGUUCUGGAUUCUUUUUGCUCUCUCUGUCUUGUGGCUUGUGGCUUGAAUUUUUCUUGCAGGUACUACUCAUCGGCAAUCUCAAUCUCCAACUUAGGGGGAGAUUGUUGACAGCAUAGCUGAAGUUGAAGAUUUUCCUUGCCGCUGACCCUCGAGGGAUUAGAGGUUGUGUGUAUCUGUUGAGGAAUCAAAGGCUCUGUAUAUGGAAGGCCUGGGAGCGCCUUCCUAUUGUGGAUUCCAACGGCUACUUCCUGUUCCUAUAUUAAGCGGAAUUAUCCUAUGUUUCUGUACUUAGAAAAAUAGUGGCACAGGACUAUUGGUAUUUCUGAGGGUUUCAGCAAUUGAUGGUAUAGGAAUCAGUUGUUGGUGAUGAUCAACGAAUCUGGGUUGGAUUCGGGAGAUUCUUCUCUGUAUUUGUUCGGUUUUUGUUCAAUAGGAAAAAUCAAUAAAAAGUGUCUCUCGGAGUAUAGCAGGUGCUAUCUCCGGGACGAGGACGUACCCGUAGCUUGGGGAACCUCGUUAAAAUCUCUGUGUUCUUCAUUCCUUCUGAUUCUCCUGGUUUGUUGAGUUUGGCUUUCCUGCUCUGCUUUCAGUUGUGACUCUGCUUCUAAGAACUUUGUUCAAGGAAGAAGAAGAAGAGUGCAACGCAGCGUGUGGGCUUUAAGUCCCUUAAGCCCAAUUUUGUUUUAUUAUCUAUUUGUUCUUUUUCAACUUUGCAUUUCUUCCUCUCGGCUUGGGCUUGGUUUCCUUGAGCCCAAAUCUUCCUUAACUGAAGAGAAAGCCUGCCUUUCUCCUCUGUCUUCUUCUUCGCAUCGUUCCUUUCGAUCUCAAGGAUUUGGAACUUCAAACUCUGAUACUGCAUCACUGGUAGAUUUGUUUUAAAGUCCUCUGUUUUGGCCCAAUUUUGCUAAAGUUUCCAAUUCUAGAGGCUUUAACCUUUGUAUUCCUUUGGCUGUUUCAACCUCCCUUUAAUAAUAAUAAAAACAUACAAAUACAAGAGACUCAUCUAUGAGGAAAAAAAAAUCAAGGUAGAACAUUUAAAAAAAUAGUUAUAAUCAAUUCAUGAGUAAAUUUAUGAUAAAUCAAACUAUCGGUUUCGAUUUUUAUUGCAGCUAUUACUGAUAUCUACCAUCUAGACGUGGUAUGGAUGCUGGUAGUAGUGUAGUACCGUUAGUGGGAAUAUUUAUAAAUAGUAUGCAAUUAAAGCUCUCCUUUUGGUAAACCAUCAAUUAAAUACAUAUUACUACAAAGUUUUGGCUCCCUCUUUUAUUAGACCAUAAAGUGAUGUUGGUCAGAGACAGCAAUAAAAGAAGAAAGCGGAAGUAGUAAACUAAUACUCCAGUCCACACAUACGACUUUGUUUUGUUCUUUUCCCCAUUUCCCCCUCCCUUCUCCAAUUUCAACGGAAGCUACGCAGGCACAAGGACAAGGGUGCGAGAGAGAAAGAGAACAAAGUAGCAAGCUUGCU